AAUGUAACCUGCGACGACUCGAACAGCGGCUGUCCUGCAGCCGGGCAGGACUUUUCUUCGGUGCGGUCUGUGCCUCCCGUGUCUCCCUCGAGCUAGAGGAUGGCUGUGCUUAAUCAGAAGUCUGUCUUGGAUAUAAUUAAAGAGUUCAGAAGGAAUUGGCACACGCUUUGUAACUCUGAGAGAACUACUGUAUGUGGUGCAGACUCCAUGCUCUUGGCAUUGCAGCUUUCCAUGGCAGAGAACAACAAACAGCGCAGUGGAGAAUUUACAGUCUGUCUCAGUGACGUCUUAUUGACUUGGAAAUACUUACUACAUGAGAAAUUGAAUUUACCAGUUGAAAAUAUGGCAGUGAUUGACCAUUAUGAGGACAUUAGGAGGACUUAUGAAGAUUUCUUAAAGAAUAGUAAUAUGUUAGAUCUGAUUGAUGUUUAUCAAAAAUGGAGUGUUUUGACUUCCACUUGUGAAAAUAAUGCCAACAUAUCUCCUAGUCAACUAUCGGAUUUUCUGUCUGGCAGACAGCAUGCCGUAGAUGAUGAAACCGAUCUUCAUGUACCGACAUCACCAAUGAGUAAACACAACCAGGAUAAUGAAAAGGUGAAGUUACUAGCAAAGAAAAUUAUCUACUCAUAUUUAAACCUGCUAGUGAAUUCAAAGAAUGACCUGGCUCUGGCUCAUAUUCUCAAUAUUCCUGAUAGAGGACUUGGAAGAGAAGCCUUCACCGAUUUGAAACAUGCUGCUCGAGAGAAACAGAUGUCUAUCUUUUUGGUGGCCACAUCAUUUAUUAGAACAAUAGAGCUUGGAGGGAAAGGAUAUGCACCAUCACCAUCUGAUCCUUUAAGGACACAUGUAAAAGGAUUGUCUAAUUUUAUUCAUUUCAUUGACAAAUUAGAUGAGAUUCUUGGAGAAAUACCAAAUCCAAGCUUUGCAGGGGGUCGUAUUCUCUCAGUGAUAAAGAUGCAGCUGAUUAAAGGCCAGAACAGCAAGGAUCCUUUUUACAAAGCGGUAGAGAAAGUUGCUCAGGAUUUGGAUUUAAGGAUUAAAAAUAUUAUCAAUUCUCAACAAGGAGAUGUAGCUUUCAGUGCCACUGACAUCAGUCCUGCACGGCCAAAAUCUUAUGCCAUAAACCACGGCACUGCGUACUGUGGCAGAGAUACUGUGAAAACUUUACUAGUUCUUUUAGAUGAAGAAGCAGCCAGUCCUCCUACCAAAAACAAAGCAGAGCUUUUAUAUGGUGAUGAAAACACAAUUCAUCAUAAUGGAACUUCCAUUCUUACGCUUUUUAGAUCUCCCACACAAGUGAAUAAUUCACUGGUGAAACCCCUAAGAGAACGCAUCCAUGAGUCAAUUCAAGAGAAAAAAAUUAAGAUGAAGCAAACCUUAAUUAGAUCCCAGUUUGCUUGUACUUAUAAAGAUGACUGCAUGAUAAGCAAGGAUAAAUGGAAUAAUAUUAAUUCAACAUCAAAGCCUUUGUGUGUUCUUCACAUGGAUAAUGAUCUUUCAGGUGUAAAUUCAUCUGUUGGAAGACCAACAAUUGAAACAAGUUCUGGAAAUGUUCAUCUGGACAGAAGUAAAUAUGAAAAAGUAGCAAGAAAAUCAAAUAGUCAGACAGGAAAUAAAGGCUCAAAAAGGAAACAGAUGGAUUUGGAUGAUGAAACUAUUCUCUGUGAUAACGGAAAUGAACCACCUCGACAUAAAAAUGUUAAGAUACCUAAGACAUCAAACAAUUUGCAGAAUAAAUUGGAUGGCAAAUUAGCUAGGGUAGCAAAAAGCAAGUGUACUGCCAAGGACAAAUUGAUUACUGGCCAGACAAAGUUAACUCAGUUCUUUAGACUAUGAAUUUGUCUUU